GUACAUAUAUGUAUACCAUCUAAGACGUUGGUGAUAUAUAUAUAUAUAUAUAUAUAUAUAGUCAAUGAUAUCUUAAUUCUCUAAAUUAAAUAAGUUUCAUGCAUCUUCUUUAUAAUUUAAUAAAUACAAUCAUUUGCUUCAAUUGGGUGACAAUUAGUUGCAUCCACGAAGAAGCUUCCUAGCUGGCUAAUUAGCUUUUUUUUUUUUUUUUUUUGUCUUUUGGGCAUGGUGGUGGUUGUUCCAUGAACAUAAUACGACAACAGCUCGUAAUUCGUAUAUUAAUGAUGUCGUGUUUUAACUAAAAGACAAAAUAGUUGGUCUUUGUUAACUGUCAAUAAAGAUGCUAAUGCCGGCAAAUUAACGCAGCUAACUAACUAAUGAUCAAGUCCCCAAGCUGUCAACCACUGGCUUUAUCAAAACAUUCGAUAUUAACCAUAUCCUGAUAAUAUACAGCUCUUUCCUUUUUGCUUAUGGAUUAUAUUAGGGUUUUAUGUAGCUUUCUUUCUGAGUUUGGUUUAAUAUUUACACAUCUUUAUAACCCUCUCUUUUAGUGAUUCUUCAGUAGCUCUCUGUCUGUACGUACUGUUGUUUGUUCGCUGCUUCUGACCCAUCAUGGCUAAUCAAGAAGAAAAGCCAGUGGUUAGUAGAGAAACUUCAUCAUCAUCACUGUUAGCAGAAAUCCAUUACGUUGAUGAUCAAGAUCAUGAAGAGCCAGCAAUGACGUCUCUUGUUUGCUGCAGCUGUUUCAACGGAUCAGUUAUUUGGAAAAGAAAUGACAAAGGAUCGAAAAGGUUAUUGCUUCCCAAACAAGAGGACACUAAAAGUUGUUGUUUUAGGGGAAGGGCGAAGAAGCUUAAGGAGAUUUCAGAGGUUUUGGCAGGGCCAAAGUGGAAGAAUUUUAUUCGAAGGUUUGGUGGUCAUGGAUGGAUCAACAACAAGAAAAGAAGAAUGCGGUGUCAAUAUGAUCCUCAAAGUUAUGCACUGAAUUUUGAUGAUGGGAUUGACAGAGAAGCAGAUGAUACUUAUCCUGAUUUCUUAGCUAGAUGUGCUAAUGCUGCUGCUGCCCCAGUUGGGAUGCCUAAACGGUAGCUAGUUUAUUGGGAUUUGAUCAUAUGAUCACUCAAUUAAGUUUUGAUCGACUACUUUUGCUAAUUGUAAUUGUUUUUUUGUUGGUCAUAAUCUUUGUUCUCUAUAACUUUAAAUAUGUAUAUUAAAUAGUUGGUUUCAAAUUCAGUAAAAGAAUAUCAGACUAGAAGGCAAAUUGCGGAUUCUUUUGCAGUAUUUCAUGUGUUUCUUGAAAAAACCCUAGCUUCAAACAACGAUGAGAAUGACAAGUCAAUUACUGAAUAUCAUUAAAAUAUUAGAUAGCUAGGGUUGAUAUAUAGUGAAUUUUCAUAAUGAAUAACCAAAUACAUCGUUAUCCAAUAUGCAUGUAGAAAAAUUAAAUCGUUCUAUAUGCUUUGUGGUUUAAUAUCUCUGGCAGAAGAUUUCAUGCUCAUAAUUCUUCAUCCUUAAAGUGCU